CAGAACAUCAACAAUUGAAACAGUGAGCAGACAUUCAGCGAACGAAAGAAAGUGAGAGUGAGAGUGAGCAUCACCAACAAAACGACAACGACAACGACAACUACAACGACAACGACAAAAAUUAAUUAUGGUAGGAGCACCGAUCGGAGAAUCAUCAGCAUCGGUAUUAGAACAACACAAGGAAAAUAUACUACCGAUGCCAGGAGGUAGAUCCGCUAGUAAAUUAACCAAUACAUUAAUACAAUCACAAACUACCAAACUGGUAAUGAUAUAUAAAGAAACUUUAAAACGAGAAAGAGAACAUCAUGAAAAAAUGGUAGGACAACUUGAAGAAUUAGAUGAUCCAUUACAAGUAUUUAUAGAUUAUAUAUCAUGGAUUCAUAAUAAUUAUCAACAAGGUAAUAAUAAUGAAAGUGGUUUAUUAAAUGUAUUAGAACGGUGUACAUCAUAUUUUAGAGAUGCGUAUCAUUAUAAAAAUGAUCCUCGAUAUUUAAAAGUAUGGUUAGAAUAUACAAAUUAUUCUGAUUCACCUCGUGAUAUAUUUGUUUAUCUUGCAAAGAAAGAAAUUGGUAAUCAAUUAGCUUUAUACUAUGAAGAAUUUGCUGAUUAUUUAGAGAUCAAUGGGAAGACUACUGAUGCCGAAGAGAUUUAUCAAUUGGGAUUAAAUUCUCAGGCAAGACCAUUGCCAAGACUCCAAAGAUCUUACGAACAUUUCAAGACUAGACUUGAACUGAAUACUUCAACAACCAACCCUAAUAAAAGAACUGGAUUAGAGUUAACUCAAGGUUCAGCCAUUCAUGAUGUUCAAGAUGGAUCUAGACCAAAUAAAAAGCCCCGAAUUGAAAUCUUUAAAGACGAUUCAGAUAAUGAUCAAAGUGUAUUGAAAUCGAUUUUUGAUGGACAAUCGGCCAGUAAUGAUUUAGGUAGUAUACGAUCGAGAAUAAAGGAAAAUGCUCUUCAAGCAAAGCCAUGGUCUGGAGAAGUGCUAAGGCAAAAGAAGAACUUAGAACGACCAAAUUCUUCGGGAAGUACUUCUAGUAGUUCGAGUAUAAAGUUCCAAGUUUAUCGGGAUUCUCAUGAACUUAAUGAAGAUCAAAAGAUUAAACAAACAGUAUGUGAAUCCAAUGAUGGAUUUGUGUAUACUCUUAUCAAUCAUCCUGGUAAGAAAUCUGAAAGGGUGAUGAUUAAUAUGGAUUUAUUAUUCCUACAAGAAGAUGAGGAGAUCACUCCUGAAGAGAUGUUAGCUAUGACAAGAAGAACUUUGAAGCAGCAGCAACAACAGCAACAACAGCAACAGUAUCAACAACAACGACAUACACCAAUUCGCACAGAUGAAUCAAACAAUAGCAAUAACACUUUUGUAAUACCUUUGAAAGAUGAGAAUGAUACAACCUUAUCAAAUAGACCUAAUUCUCCUACCAUGACCAUGUUUUCUAAACAAGCUAAUCAAGAAGUUGUUAAGAUAUUUAAUGAAGCUGCAGCUGAUUUGAAUUCUGAUGAUGAAAUAGAAAGAAUCGAUGGAGUAGAUUCUACCACCACUAAUUUUGAUGGGUUUGUAACUGAAACUAUUCAAAUGAAUGGAAUCAAUAAUAUAAUAGGUCCUUCAUUACAAGUAAAAGAAACUCCACCAACCGAUAAUGAACUUGAUGAUAAUGUUCAAAGUUCACCAUUUAUAGAACGACCAGAAGUUAAUGAUAUUCCAAUUCAAAUCAUUGAUAAUUUUGAUGAUUCUUAUAGACAAACAUUAUUGAAUUCAUUAAUAAAUCCAAUAGAACUGUAUCCUGGUUAUACCACUAUAGAUAUAAAGAUCGAUAAAUUAAAAAAGUUUCUGGAAUUAACUACUUCUGAUAAUAAAUUAAUUGUUAAAGGUAAUAAGAAUUCCAUAGUAGAUUUCUGUGGGGAAGAGAUUUAUUGUUUACGAUAUGAAUUAGGGAAAGGAGGAUUUGGAAUUGUUUAUUUAAUAGAAGCAGGAUCUUCAGGUCAAUUAAAGGCAUUAAAAGUUGAAUCUCCAUGUUCUAAAUGGGAAUUCUAUAUACUAAAUCAAAUUCAUCGUCGAACUAAAAUAGCUUAUCCUGAAUCAGAUAAUUUAUUCAUAAAUCAAUUAGAACUUUAUGCAUUUCAAGAUGAAAGUUAUUUAAUUAUGGAUUAUUGUAAUCAAGGGACUUUAUUAGAUGUGGUAAAUCAUUUUAAAUCUCAUUAUGGUACAACGGUAGAUGAAGUAAUUUGUAUAUAUUUAACUAAAGAAAUCUUAAAAUCCGUUGAAAUUCUUCAUAGAAUAGGAAUAUUACAUGGAGAUUUAAAGGCUGAUAAUUGUAUGUUAAGAUUUAAACCGAUUGAAGAUGGAGAUACUUGGAAUGAAUCUUAUAAUAAAUAUGGAUUACAUGGAUGGAAUCAAAAGAGUAUAACCUUAAUUGAUUUUGGUAGAUCUAUUGAUUUGAAACUCUUUGGAGAUUAUACUUCUCCACAAUUUCUCAGUAAUUGGAAAACUGAUCAACAGGAUUGUCCGCAAAUGGUUAAUCAUGAACCGUGGAGUUAUGAAGCCGAUUAUUAUGGGAUUGCUUGUAUAGUUCAUACUAUGUUAUUUGGGAGUUAUAUUAAGAUUAAACCAUCCCAUACCAAUUCAACAAUUCAACUUGAGAAUUCUCUCAAACGGUAUUGGCAACAUGACCUUUGGAAACCAUUAUUUGAUUUACUAUUAAAUCCUUAUCUACCGAAUGAUAAGAAACAGCCAUUGGUUGAAGAGAUGGCAGAGAUUCGACAAAGGUUUGAGGGGUGGUUAGAAGAGAAUGCUCGAAAGAGAAAUCUUAAGAGAAGUAUCCAAGAUUUGGAGAAUGAUUUAACUCAGGUAUAUAGAAAGCGUAUAGGAUGAGAGUAAAAGUAUACACUCUAUAUAAAGGUUAGAGAAUGAUUUUUGGUUAAAUAUUGAAUGAGUAAGAGUAAUAUAUACUGUGUAUAUUAAUAGAGUAUACUAGAAAUAUUAGUAAGAUAGGUUAAUGUAU